AUGCCGCCUCGCGAUGAUCCCAACCCUUACUCCUUCAACGAUCCUCGACACUCUCUGCCGACGAUGCCGUGGACCACGCAACAGCCUGUUCACGCGUCACGGCCCAUUUCACUCGCAGCGCAUUCCGAUUCAAAGCCUUUGACCCAGCAGCGCUUCUCGCUUCCUCUCACGGCCCAACUUCAGGCCAGCACCGUCUCGGAAGGCGCAUAUCCGACUCAAAGCUCUUUCAGCCGGCUCAGCGCAUAUCGCCCGACCAACACUAGCUCCGAGCAUCGCGCAAAGUAUCGAUCGGGCUGUCGCAUCCCAUCCGGCCUCUCCAACGAGUAUCGACCCGACGUCGACAGCGAGAGCGACUUCAGCGACGAUCGAAUCGGAAGCGACACCAGCACUCACGCAUCCUCAGAGUCGUUGGACCAAGUCUCCCACCGCGACGAAGCAACGCCUCCGCGAAGCCCUUCGGUCGCUUCUAUAUUCAGCACCAUGUCGACAGCAGGCUCGAUCGACUUUCUUCCGCCCAUUGGCUCGAGCAACGGCAUGUCUACCUCCUUCUCGAUACCGCAUUCGCUUUUCAGCAGCAACGCAGCACCUUCCUCCUCCGCCUCUGGCAGCUCCGUGCCCAGAUCUGCAUCAGCCUCUUCCUUACCGAGACCACUUCCAGCACUUCCGGCUGACGACGCCAGUGUUCGCAAGAAUGCCGCACUGCUCGAUGCCCUUGCCGGCACGACCAGCAGCAGUGGCAUGCAGCCAUCGUCCUCUUUGCGCUCCCUCUCCGCAGCCAACCCGACCAGCCUCGAUCUGAGCCAGAGCGCAAGCUCCGGUCUGCCCUCAAGUGGCAGUUUCGGUGGUUCGGGCGGCAGCACCGAAGGUCCCUCCGGCAGAAAUAGCGGCGCAAGCAAUGGUGGCGCAGAUCGCAGCGGCUCGCAGCGCAAUAGCGGGGCAGAGGAUGGCAGUGGCGGGGCAGGAGGAAACGGAGACGACGGGCAAAAGGACGCUCACGACAAGGAGAAAGCAAAGAAAACGAACCCGCUCGUCGACCUCCUCGAGACCGAAGCCGCCUACGUCUCGGAACUCAGCAAGAUCAUCAAAAAGGUGGCGGCAGCGUGGUCUCGCUCCAAUUUCCCACCACCCGAGCUCGACACCAUGUUCCGCAACAUUGAAGCCAUCUACCGUGCCAACCGCAGCUUCCUCAAGGCGCUCCGCGAGAUCGGUCCCAACCCGUCCUCUCCCAAGGCGCUCGGCGACUUGCUCAUGAAGUGGAUCGACGACCUCGAGACACCCUACUCGCGCUUCUGCGACACGUUCCUCGCCGAUUUCGAUGCAUGGCCCACUGUCCAAUCGAAUCCGCGCCUUCACAAGCUGCUCGAAGACGUUUCGGGAGCCACCGAUGCCGACGGAAAGCCCGUCGUCUUCAGCGACCGAAAGCGAGACCCGACCGAGCCAUGGACACUCGACGGCCUUUUUGCGCUGCCGCACCUCCGCCUGAAGUACUACAAGAAGCUCUACUCGCGACUGCUCAAGAGCACGCAGCCCGGCCGAAGCGACCAUCGCCUCCUGGUCGGCGCCAACGAGAAGCUCGACGAUCUCGUCGACAAGUCCAAGCGCAGACUCACCGUGUCGGUCCUCGACGAAACCGCCGAGCGCGAAUCUCGAGACAGCUCCUUCGCCGAAAGCAAUGUCACUGGCGACACCUCUCCGCGCGACCGUGUGUCUUCCGCCACGUCCGUCUCGGAGAACCCAUCGCCCAACGCGCAACCCGUCCUGAUUCUCGGGAACAAACCAUCGCCCACCCGCGUCACCGCCGCAGAGCCAAGCAUCGAUAUCUCUACCGGCUCUGCGCCCAGCUCUGCCGCUCCCUCGUUGACGCUGUUUCCGGCUGCCGAUCGAGCUCCCUCUCCCGGCGGCAUGGUCAUGGCCGGCGCUGCGCCAACGGCACAGAUGAACGGCCUCACCAUCUCGCCAUCGCGACCCGACUUGAUUCGAGGCAACUCCGAGGUGGCCAGCCUGCACACGAGCGGCUCGCAGACCUUUGACGCCGCCGACCCUUCGCACGCACGCAACGAUUCGCUCUCGCAGCCCAUCGAGUCGCUCGAACAGCGUCUCGACACGUCCAAGACGCUCGACAUUUUCACCAUGAAGCCCAAAAAGUGUCAGCUCCAGAUGCGCCCCGCCAACCUGCCUUUUACGCGCUCCAUGCGCAAGUCGGCGGAUGUGAUGAUCCACUUUACUCCGUCCAGCGGCGGCCCCGAGAUCACCAUCCGCAGGGCGCACAUCUUUUUGCUCACCGAUCUGUUCCUGGUCUGCGAGCGCAUGUCCCCCAGCGAGAAGGCAGAGCUUUCCAAGGGUGGAGCGGGGCCCGACAUGUGGUUGCUGUACCCACCUCUGGCAGGCAAGCAUCUGCGUGUCGCCGACAUGGGCGGUCAGGGCAACGUGUUGUCCAUCACCAUCCUCAAGAAGGAGCAGCUCAUCGUCCAUACCGACUCUCGCGAGGCGAAGGAGGAAUGGCUCGAGCAAUUCGCGGACUGUCAAAAGUUUGCUGCCACCCUCGGUCUCAAGGUCAAGACGGCGGGCAACUCGUUGCCUGCACCCGGACCGUUGGGAAACAGUAGUCCCGUGUCGGGUGUCUCGCCUGGCCUGGGAGCGCCGCCCAGUCUCAUCACGCCCGGUCUCUCGCCCGCCAUCUCGAUCACGCCUUCUUCGACGCACGGUCACGACGAGCCAGCGGACACCGUUCCGCCGCCGCACAGCCCGGAAGGCUUUCAUUCGCCUGUCAUGGGCCCCGGGCUGUCGAGAGAGACUUCGUUCAACUCGGUGGCGUCCUUCCCCAAGGUGGGUGCACACGGCUCGCCGGAUCUCGGCAGCGGCUCUGCCUUCUCGCCACGAUCGCCUGCCUCCUCGACCUUUGGGCCCGGCGGGGGUCCGAACGGAUUCAAUGGGCCGCCGCGACCGCCCAUGCCGCAUCCCGGUAUGAUGUCGCCUGGCAGCGGCACCUUGUCGCCCGACACGAGUCCGGCUUUCGGUCCUGCUCGCUACGGUCCCGGUGGCUUUGGUCCCAAUGGUCCCAGCAGUAUGGGACGACCGCCGCUGAUGCGGGAUCCCAACAUGCCGCCUCGCUCGCCCGGCGGUAUGCGUGGACCUGGAGGACCUGGAGGGCCAGGUGGACCCGGUGGACCCAUGCCGUUCCCACGAGGAGGGCCCGGUCCCGUGCCCGGUCAGAUGUCCGGUGGAGGCACACCCUCAGGCAGUCCCGGCUUUGGUCCUGUCCACGUCCGACCCGGUCGACCAGGCAUGGGACCAGGGCCAGGGCCAGGAUCAGGACCUCCGCCUGGAAUGGGACCUGGCGGACCGAUGCCUCCUUUCAUGAACGGCGCACCGAGACCACCACAGAUGGGAAUGGGGCGACCGCCGCCUCCGGGUGGCCAGCCGUGGGGUCCAGGCCCCCCUCCGCCGAUCCCACACGGAAAAGGCAUGGGAAAUCGCGAUCUCAUGAAGCAGCCGUCCGCUCCUAAUCUGCGUCAAGUCUCGAAGAGCUCUUCGGGCGGUGCACGCUCCUCGGACGAAGGCGACAGCGGCACCAAAUCGUUCUUCCGCAGCCGCUCCGUCUCAAGCACCGGCUCGUCGGCGCCCAAGCUUCCCUCGGCCAUGAUGAAGGAAGGUCGCGACAAGGGCGAACGAGGCACCGACGUGUCGCCACCAUCGUCUCCCGUUCUCAAGAAAUCGGGUCCGUUCCGCAGCACCGUCUCGGCGCAGAUGCGAUGCAAGCUCUUCCUCAAGCAGAGCCACGCCCAGUGGAAGUCGUUGGGCAAUGCGAGGCUGAAGCUGUACCACAUCUUGCCGGACGACAUCAAGCAGCUGGUGGUGGAGAACGACCGCAAGACGCUCGUCUCGACCAUUGUGCUGACGGACGGCGUCGAGAGGGUGGGCAAGGUGGGUGUGGCGGUGGAGCUGAGCGACCAGGGAAACAGGACGGGGAUCAUUUAUAUGCUCCAGAUGCGCAGCGAGGAGUCGGCUGGUGGUUUGUUUGGACAGCUGCUGGAGGGAAGUGACAGGACGGCGCUUUCGAUGCAGUGA